GCAACCCUAAAAAUCAACUGAAAAUUACUACUUUGCAUGCAGAAGUUGGCAGUAUCGGGGAAAGUCAAACUAAGAGUCUCGCUCUCAACAAGGGAGUUUGCUGGGCCUGUUGUGAUGUAUUUUCAAAACUUCAGGCUUUUUUUCACGUCAUUUUACGAAAACUUUAAAAUUGGAACGUUCUUUCGCAUUUUGCUCUGUUUUACGCUGGCGCUUCAUAAGGCUCCUUUCCUCACCGGCUUGGUCAUCUCUUCUCCUCGUGAAGCUCCUGCUGUCCAGGAUGGCCGCCGCACCGUCGGACCGUGAGGCUGUUGUCAACGGCUCUUCUGAAGAGGAGUGCGAGCGCUGCGUAGUGUGCCUGGCCAGGGCAGAGGCCUCCAGCGGCGGGCUGAGCUGCAGCCGCUGCCAGGACGAGUUCUACUGCGGCGUUGAGCACCGCGACGAACACCGUGCCGUCCACAAGAAGGUGUGCUUCCAGCCCAGAGGCCUCAAGGUCGUAAAUGGCAAGGCGGUGUGCUCGGUGUGCGGCGGCAAGGGGUUGCUGUGCGCCCGCUGCGGCCUGGCCGCCUACUGCAGCAAGGAGCACCAGAAGGAGGACUGGCCGCUGCACAAGAAAAGCUGCAAGAAGCCCUCCGUGGACACCGCCAACAUCAAUCCCAAGAAGGAGGACGAUGAACAGGCGCUGGGUCUGGCCACGCUCCCCAAGGAGCUGCUGCUGACGGUGUGCGCGCUGCUAGGCCCCUACGACCUGGUGCGGCUGGGCCAAGUGAAUCGCGCGCUGCGCGUCGUGGCGCGCGACCCCGCCGCCUGGCAGCACGUCACCUUCCCGGAGAGGAAGCCCACGGCGGACGCGGCCGUGGAGAGGGCGGGCCACUCCACGAUGGCCAUGCUGGACCGCAGUGACGCCAUCACCAGGGCCCUCGGCCGGGACGCGGGGUACGGCGUGCUGCGCGUGGCACCGGCCCUGGGCACGCUGCGCAUCAUCCACUCGUGGCCGCCCGUCAACCUGCUGCGCUACACGCACCGCGUGCGCGUCCUGGAGCUGGAGUGGAUGGAGGUCGCCGGCCCGUACGGCUACGGCGCGGACAAGCUGCGCCGCGUGCUGGAGCACUACCGCGGCCACCUUCAGGUGCUGCAGUUGCCGCGGAUCGACGACGUCGCCACGCUGCACUUCAUCGACGGGCUGGGGCUGCGGGAGCUGCGCCUGGGCGGUGCCGUGGUCAGGACGUACGACGCGGCCGGCUCGGCCAAGGGCGUGGACUACUUGCUCGUGGGCUCCAACGUCACCGGGGAGGUGGUGCUGGAGCUGCUGCGGCCUUGCGAGGACACCGUCACCAUUUUCCAGGUCCAGUCGCGCCUGCUGGACUUCUGCAGGUGGGCGUUCCUUGAGCCCGAGACGGGUGUGGUGCCGGCGCUGCGCCGCUGCGCGCUUCUCCGGACGGUGGAGGUGCCGGCCCGCUGGCUGGUGCGCGGCCUCCUGAACGACUUCACCGACCUCACCGCGCUGCACCUCAUCGACCUGGGCACGGAGAAGCACGCCGAAGUGCGGAGGGCACUGGCGGCCUUCCCGCUGGCGCGCAACAUCAACACUUUGAGUGUGACGCUCGCCUUCCAGGCUCAUCGAGGCCUGGUGGAAAUGGUGGCUGACUCCUUUCCGCUGCUCACGUGCCUCUGGCUGGCCUUCGACUCCACCAGCGACCAGCCGACCAUGGACCACAUGUCGAAUCGCGCCCCGGACGUGCCGCGGGACCUGGCGGCCAUGUUGGACCUGCGCCUGAUUCACCUGGAGGUGCUCUGGCUGACCGAUGUGCGCGUGCCCAGCACCGUGCUGGACGGGCUGGCCGCGGGGCUGCUGCCGAAACUACGCAGGCUGCAGCUUCAGAACAUUCAGCUGACGCGGCUGGGCCGGGCCGCCCUGGUGGCGCUGCGCGGCGCGCGGCCCGCUCUGCGCGUCCAGAAGCUGGGCGUGAGGUUGGCACGCCGCAAACUGCGGUGGGGGGGCUUGGAGGACGAGGAGCCGCAGCGCUGCGAGGACCCCGCCUGCCUGGCGCCCUCCGACUGCGAGGACGAGGACCCCGUCCCCACCGACGACGAGAGCGAUGACACCAGCGGCGACGACAGCGACUGGUGACUGUACCUCCAAGGCAGGACUAACGAGAACACUGGAGGCUACGCGAAGGCGGCACUCGACUGGCUGUGCAUGUUUUAUAAUUCCAGUUAAGGACCUUUUAAAAUCUCAAUUGUUCAACGAAUGAAUUUUUACUUUGAAGAAACUACUGAGUAAUGAAUUAUUGUUGUUCGUAUGAAUUUGAGUAUAGGAUCUAUAUAAUACUUGCUGUAGAAGUGCUUUCGAUCGUAAUAAAUUGUGUCAUCAUGUUUC